AUGACUGAAAUAUUGCGCGCCAGUCUCCAAGCUGCCGUUGCACCAGACAAGGCCGAGAUUAGCCAGGUCAAGCACCUCUCGUCGUACAACUGGAUCGAGGCACCGACGCCCACAAUCGUCGUCCCGGGGGCCCCGGCUCGUUGGAGACCCCGAGAGGGUGCGAACCGCGUCUCCAAGGAUUCUGGUCUCCAGUACAUUGCCCAAAACGCCGCCCGCCACCCAGAGAAUCCCCUGGAGCCUCUAUUUCGAUCAUUGUAUGCCGAAAAUCCUCUCUUCAACCUUACCGACGUCGAUGUCAUCACCGACCGAAACAACAUCCGCAAGCUCCUCGCGUUUGCAAGCCCGGAACCCAACAAGAAAGACGUCGAAAACUUCACAAUCGAUGUCGAGAUCGUCAAGGACACCACGAUCUUCUGCCGCGCGGAAACGGCGACGGUGAGAGUCAUUGGCCCGCAUGAGUUCCGUGGUCACGGGCAUGAGUUUGAGAAGGCGUACACUGUGUACGCGGUGCCCAAGAGCACGGGGCACCAUCGAGUCAUUUCGUAUCGCUUUUGCGGGCUCAAGUUCAUCGUGCGCCACGAGACGGACGGCUACGUCGAGAAUCUUGCCAAAGACGACUCAGGUGACGACGACGUCCUGCGCAUGAUGCAAGACCUGGCCCUUUCCAGCCGCCCAAAGACGACGACGGACUAUACUCCCAUCGGCGGCUCCAAGCUCAGGAUCGGCAAGGGCGGCCAGACGGUGCCGCUUCGCUCCACGCUGGAGAUCAAGACUCGGACCUUACGGAAGCCGCUUCCCUUGAGCGAGGUGGCGGCGCAGCUCUGGGCGUCGCAGACGCCGAACCUGGUGCGGGCGUACCACGACCGGGGCACGUUCCAGAAACCGCAGGUCGAGAAUGUGGCUGCGCGGAUUCGGCAGUGGGAGGCCGACAACGAGCCGGGUUUGCGGAAGCUCGCGUGGUUGAUUAGGCGUAUCACGGCUCUGGCGAAGGAGUGCGGCGGUAAGGCUAGGGUCAAGUACGAUGCAAACGCGGAUAAGUUGGUGGUUUCACAGGAUGAUGGGAGGAGGGACAUGCUGCCGCAUGAUUUGUACGCUAAAUGGAAUAGUGGCGCUGCUUGA